CUCCGGCUUUACCCACAAACCCUUCGAAUUCUUCUCUUUCUCACAUAUACCAAGCUGACUUUUCGCUCUCUUCCAUUACAAAAGCAAAUAUCGCUCAGCGAUACAUCGAAUUCUUCCAUUGGAGACUGACAUAUGCCACAAUUCUCCCAGCAGUCCCUGAUAAGCAUUGA